UAAAGUUUUGUGAUAAGUACCCCAUCUUAUUACCUCGUGUCUCUAAUUCUCAAAUCCAACAUAUGUAAUUUAUGUCUAAUUUUGGAGAUAUUAACAUUAUUAAUAUUAUUUCUUUAUUCAACAGUCAAUUUAUUUUCAUGGCCCAUCAACGAAUCAAUCAACCACCUCCCAAAUCUCCCAGCUAAUACUUAAGGGGGGAUUAACAGGGAGGAGGAGCAAUGUUUUUCUGGGUUCAACUUUAAACUUCAAACAUCUUCAUUUCAAUUUUAGAUUUUUCUUUCUUUUUUUCUAGGCAUUCUUUUUUGCCCUUUUUUGUGUGAUCAUUAUUACUUCGUUAUUAAUUAACAUAUUGAGUUGAAAUUAGAAAUGUGUAAAAUUGAAGAUGUGGUAGACAGUUAUGUCAAAGAGAAAAUUCCUCCAAAAGCUCCACCAAAAGCUCCUCCAUUGCCCCCCUGCCCUCCAACAACUGCAAACCCUAAGAAGGUUAUGACAAAGUCUAAGGCUAAUGAAAUGUCAUCUAACAAACACCAAUGCUCUAUGAACACUGCAACAAGGGAUUUGUAUGACCGUCUGUUCGAUGAAGCUUAUCGAGCUGAUGUUGUCGUUCAUACAGAUAUUGGUGGCCAGAUUUAUGCCCAUGCUAGUAUUCUGGGAAUGACAUCUCCGGUGAUCAGACACAUGUUAAACCAAUCAAAAGGGAAAACUCGACGACGAUCCAUCUCAAUUCGUGGCGUUCCACAUGAUGCUGUCCGGGUGUUCAUUAGGUUUUUAUACUCUUCUUGCUAUAACCCAGAAGAAAUGAAGGAAUAUAUUCUACAUCUUCUGGUAUUGUCCCAUGUGUAUGUGGUUCCUCACUUGAAAAGGGAGUGUGAAAUACAGCUAGAGAAUGGCUUGCUCAACAUAGAGAAUGUCAUAGAUGUUUUCCAGCUUGCUCUUCUAUGUGAUGCCCCAAGGCUCAGCCUCAUUUGUCACCGGUUGAUCUUGAGCAAUUUCAAGGCCGUCUUAGCCAGUGAAGGCUGGACUGCGAUGAAGGAGUCCCACCCAAUCCUAGAAAGAGAUAUUCUAACAACCGUUGUCCAAGCUGAUACAAGGCGAAAGGCAUCUGUCAGAAAGCGUAAUGAGAAGAAGAUGUAUGCACAAUUGUACGAAGCAAUGGAGGCACUAGUCCAUAUAUGCAGAGAUGGAUGCAAAACCAUUGGUCCUCAUGACAAAGAACCAAAGGAAGAUGAACAUCCUUGUGGGUACACUGCCUGCAAAGGGCUGGAACUUCUAGUCCGACACUUUGCUGCCUGCAGGCUCAAGGUUCCUGGCGGUUGCACUCAUUGUAAGAGGAUGUGGAAGCUCUUCGAAUUGCAUUCCCGCCUCUGCAUUGACUCAGAUGUAUGCAGAGUUCCCUUGUGCAGGAACUUCAAGGACAGAAGUAUGAAGCUGAACAAGAAGGAAGAUAUGAGGUGGAAAAUACUGGCAAGAAAGAUCGUGAGAUCGAGGAGUAUCUCUGGAGCACCCUUCUUUUCCUUGGCUAGCUCAACGUGACAAUGGAGAUGCAUGCAUAAUGGCCCGUAUAUCACCUCAAAAUUCUUUAUUCUUUGUUCCUAUUUUUGGCAUGAUUGAAGGGAAGGGAGCAGAUUCUUGUUCUUUUAAGUGUAAACUUCAAAAGGAUUAGGGGAAUACUAGGACAAGAAUGAAGAUGAUCUGUUCAACUUUUUUUGACUGAACAGAACUUCUUCCUCCUGUCACCUUAAAUCUUGUAGUAGAGGAAGGGUAUUCUUUGAUUGGGAGGUGGAUGAUUAAGUGUAUAUUGAUCAUGAGGUUGUGGAACAGCUUUUUGUAUCUUGAUUGAUGGGUGAAUAAAUCUCUAUAUUAGUUUGA